GAUAUGGAGCUCGAAGGACUGACGACGUGGCUGGACGAUGCGUGGCAUGGCCUCGAGCGCCGGGGCUGGAUGAAGACCGAGUCGUUCUGCAUGUCGCCGGAAGGCGCGGACGAAGGCGUCAUCAUCCCCAACAGCACCAUCUUCAACACGACGGACGACUGCGUCAAGCACGCGCUCCUCAAUUUACCCUACUCGGACGGCCUUGCCGCCAUGGAAGACCCGAUCUGGGACCACAUGCAGUAUCGCCUCAAGUGGCAGGUGCUCCAGCUGCAGUCGGGCGUGCGCUGGUUCGCGCAGCCUGGCCUCAAGCUCGGCGGUCUCCAGCCUGGCGUCAACCUCUACGAGAAGCGGAUCCAGGCCAUCAUGGCGUUCCUUCAGGUCGUGCUCGGCCUCAAGCGCAAGCGUGUCGAAGUGCUCGAAACCGAAAUGACCAAGCGCAUCAAGAGCGUGACGGCGCCGGUCGUCGAGCCGAUUGCGCUUCCCGACGGCCCCAAUCCCUUUGUCCUGGCGACACCGACCAAGACAGCCAAGAAGCGCGAGACAUCGCCGGACACUGCGCCCAAGCGGCGGUCCCCAAAGAAGGCCCUCGUGGCCGACGUUGCCCAAACUCCUCCUCGCCGGUCGCCGCGCAGCUUGGAGGCCGAAGUCAAGACCGAAGAAGUGAUGGACGUCGCGUCGCAUACACCGAUGAAGAGCACGUAUGUCAAGAAGGCGCCGUCGCCCAUCUCGAUUGCUGCUGUCGCGUGUACGAACGCUGUCAUGACACCGAAGAAGCGGUCGCCGACCAAGUCGGUCUCGGGCGCCCUUGCCGACGAGACCUGCGACAUUCUCUUGACACCAAAGAAACGGGGUCGGCCAAGCAAGGCCGCGCAAAGCCCCGUCGUUGCGACGGUCUUACCGCCCGCUCCCGCCACGCCCAGCAGAAGGGGCCUUCCGCCCCGCGCCACGAGCCCCAUGCCAGCGUCGACCCCGACCAAGCGUGCCCGCGCACCCAAGGCCGCAAGCCCUGUCGCCUCGAUGACGUCGCCAGCCAAGAAGCAAAAGACGCCGGUGGCCGCCGACGUACCCAUGACGCCGCCACGCACGUCGCCGGCCAAGCUCGCAUUUUCCAACAACAUGCCCGAGCACAGCCCGAUGCGGUCGUUCUCGACGCCCAAGAAGCAGACAACGCCGCCGUCGGUCUCCAUCUUUGGGUCGCCGGCCGAGACAAAGCACUCGGGUUCCGAGUGGCAGCCAAUCUUUGACAAGAAGCCCAGAGAAUCGUCGUCGUCGUUGUACACGACGUCGUUCGGUCGCAACACGCCGAUCAAGACAAGCACGCCGAGUCGCCGCCCGCCGCUGCCGCCGGCAACAACAACGUCGUCGUCGUCGGUGGACGAGGAUGGCAAGUCGCCCAUGUCCAUCUCGCUCAUCUUGUCGUCGGAGACGGCGCCGUCGACGAGCCACCUGGUCGCGCGGAACCUCAACCUCGCGAGCUUCCAGCACGAAAAGGUUGUCAAGCGGGAGGCCGAUUUCGAGUCUGUCUCGAACGCGAUGAACGACCUCCUCGACGGCGCGUACUCGCACUUGACGCACGAGAGCCCCACCAUGGUGGGCCGCCGGACUGAGCUCGACGCGAAAGUGGCUGCGACGCCCGACGCUGAGGCGCACAAGUCGGUGCCGUUGUGCACACCGCCCAAGCAGGUCAACCUCGUCUUCCGCCGGCGCGUGCUGACGACGUUUCUGAGCUCGGGCUGGCAGUCGGUGCCGCCGCCGAUGAAGGGCAAGGGCAACUACUUUUACACGUACAAGGGAUUCCACGGCAAGUCCAUUUCGCGCGAAGACCUCGAGCGAUAUGCGAUCGAGCACGACGUGUUUGCCCCGAACGCCCUCUCGGACCCGUCGGCGACCUUUGACUGGGUCUCGAUGCACGGCAAGGUUCACGACAGCAACGCUCCAUCGGCCAAGACGCCGACUGUGAGCCGCAAGCUCCUCUCGCCGUCGCCCACGCGCCGCAUUUCGUUCAACAGUCAAUAGACUUGAUACAUUGAUAGAAAGUUGGCCACGCUGUACAAAUAGU